AUGCGUCGCUCGAUCUUUCGUACAAUUUCAAGGCGACUACUGGCUUCGGGACCAUGUUCGUCCCUUGCAAGUACAUUGCCCAACUGCAUACCUCAAAUCCCAACCAUGUCAACCCGUCGCCCUCUUUAUGAGCACAUCGACGAUGUCGAAAGACUCGACUACUAUCGGCCAGGGGGAUAUCAUCCCAUUCAGAUUGGCGACAGGUUUCAAGACCGAUACCAGAUUGUGCACAAGCUUGGUUACGGCAGUUACUCGACCAUUUGGCUAGCUCGGGAUGAGCAAAUGGCCAAGUACGUCGCUAUUAAAGUAGGCACAGCUGACUACGGCUCCAAGGAAGUCGAACUCCUAAGUCGAAUUUCCCCCUCUGGAGUCGAAAAUAGAGAAUUUGGCCGCAAUCUGAUUCCCCUAGUGCUGGGUCGUUUCAACAUCGACGGGCCAAAUGGGACAGACCCAUGCUUCGUCACUGCGCCGGCAAGAUGUAGUCUUGCUGAUGCGGCACAGGCGGCGGACUAUAGUCCCUUCCAGCUCCACGUCGCCAGGUCACUUUCUGCUCAGCUCGCCAUGGCGGUGGUGUAUAUCCAUGAGUUAGGAUACGUCCACGGGGAUCUUCAUAUGGGAAACAUACUUCUCCAGUUGCCAAAGCUUGACUGCCUUUCAACCAAGCAACUUUACGACGAAUUUGAUCCCCCGGACCCCGAACCUGUUGUUAGGGUCGAUAAACAGCCGCUCACGUCACCAAGUAUCCCCACCCACGUCUACUCUCCAGUCUGGCUUGGGAAACCCGGUGACGAGGUCUCGCUUCCCGAAUCCAGGAUCCUCCUCGCCGAUUUCGGGACGGCCUUCUGCCCUGCAGAGGAACCGAGGUUUGAGUCCUACACACCUCUUCAAAGUCGACUACCUGAAGUAAGAUUCGAGCCGACAGAAUCCUUGUCUGAGCCGUUUCUUGACAGCUGGUUAUUCGGCCCGGACGACGCCACCGCGGAUCAGGUUGAUGCCCUAGGACCGAUGCCGGAUGAAUGGUGGGAGGCGUGGGAAGGGAGGUCGAAGCAUUUUAUCGGAAACGGGAAGCCGAAGGAGGGGAGGGAGGUAUGGACUUUUGAUCAACGAUUUGAAGAUACGAUCCAGGCGCCAAGACGGAGGAAGGAAACAGAGGGGAUGGAUAAAGAAGAGAGGGAUGCUCUUUUCGAGAUGGUAAGGGGUAUGCUUGUUUUCAGACCUGGUGAUCGUCUGAGUGCAAGCCAAGUGUUGCGGACGGAGUGGAUGAGGAAGUGGGCAAUUCCCGAGGCCGAGAAGACUUGGGGGCAGAAAUUGCUCUGCAACAACCGCUCGUCCAGAAACUCGUAGGCACGUACCUGCAAGUUGACGAUCACGCACCGCCCACUUGAAAGGGGUAGUGGUUUGUCAAUCACCUUCCAGGUCAACCCCAAGCUCGCUCAGUAAAGCGUGUCGUUCGCGUGCCCUCCGCACCUUCAUAGUGCACGACAAUCAGCAGCAUCAUGUACGUCCCUUUCUCACGCUACAACCAGCUCCUUUUUAACCAACCCAGCAACCUCACCGUCCUCAUGGCUCUCAACGGUGAACCCGGCUGGGUCUGCCUCAUGUGCUGCAACUACCUAACGUAUGUCAGAAAGGAAAUCACGGGAGGGAAGAAGGAUCAGGAUUGAUCAAGGGUUGUCUUUCUUCUCAAUACCACGGAUUAUGUCCGGGCUGAUAGUAAACGGUAAAUCUGGCGAGUUCAAACCGAGGUUUAGA